AUAACAGCAAGCCUCCGUGGGCGAGAGAGAGCAAUCGCAUCCUUCUCAAUUCUCAUGCUUCCUUAACCCUCUAACAGAGUCAUAUCAGAUUCUCACUAUGGCGGCCAUUCCUUCAACCACUAGUCCUAAGGGUGGGACGAUGACUGUCGAGUAUGAGUCUCUUGAUCUAGAGAAGGGAGAAAUCCGUUUGGCAACUAUAUUCCCUGGCUCAUUUGACGAUCCGAUCCGGCUCUCAUUCCGCCAUGUCCAUCUUCCAAUCCCGGAACAGGAUUUGAUCCCACUGGCUGUAGGUUCGGAGAGCUUAGAGUCGUUGAGGGAGACCCUUCCAGCCGGGUGGAAAGCCGAACACACACUCGAGGGAAGACUCUUGUUCUGGAAGGAGGAUGGUUCCGAGUCAUCAUGGACUCAUCCGGACCCCACGUACUCCUUCGACCCAGCUCGCUUCUCCGCACAAGUACCGCUCGAUCCCAGCCUACCUCCGUACGAGGCACUGUCUUAUUGCUGGGGAGAGCGCUACCCUGAAGAAACCAUCUUCAUCGAGUCCAAGACGCCGCCGUUUGUCAUGCCCGCGCAACCUAACCUCGUCAAGGCCCUGCGUCAUCUCCGACAUGCUGAUGCGCCACGCACGCUGUGGAUUGAUGCCGUCUGCAUCAACCAGUACGACAAGAUCGAGCGCGGUCGCCACGUAGCUCGCAUGGGUAGCAUCUACGCCCUCGCGCCGCGGGUCGUUACCUGGCUUGGCCCUGCCACUGCCACCAGCGACGAGGCGCUCGAUGAGCUGGAGAAUAUGGGGAGGCAAAUCGAGAUCACCGCCAGCGGCAGCUACCGGGCCCCUGGAGCAGACCAUCCGGAGUGGGCUCAGCGUUACCCCUGUACCCCUGAGAAGUGGAACGCCCUGAGCCGUCUCUUCUGGGACCACGCCUGGUGGCAGCGGCUAUGGAUCUGGCAAGAGAUCAUGCUGGCACGCUCCAGCAUCUCAGACGGCGCCAUUUUGCAGUGUGGCAACAAGACCAUCUCGUGGUAUCUGGCACGCCGUGCUCUCCGGCUGCUGCGCGAGACUGUGCUUCCCGACGCCAGCAUGAGGAAGGGACUCUAUCCGUCACCCGUCAUGUGGUUGCCACACACCUUUGCAGGAACGAGCAUUCGGGACUGGGACAGCCUGUCUUAUAUAAUGAGGUCGACAAGUCAGUCAGGAUGCACGGAUCCGCGAGAUCGUGUGUACGCCCUGCUAGGUCUCAUUCCCAAGAGGCUUGCGGACAAGAUUGUCCCCGACUACGACGCGAGCGCGGCCCAGGUCUUCCAGGAUGCUUUCCUGUCUUUUCUUGAGGUUAACAGCAACCUCAUACUGCUCAAGUUCUGCGAUGGCAAGCUGAGAACCGAGACUUGGGACGGGCCAAGUUGGGUUCCGGACUGGCAGGUUGGCGUUACCGUCACGCCGCAACAAGCGCGAGCCGCUGGAGGGACCAAGGCUAAGGCGAGCCUUGUCGCUCCUGGAGUUCUCGGGGUCGUCGGUGUUGCAGCUGCCCGUGUGGGUGCCAUCAGCGAAUCUCACUGGCUCAAGGACACGGCACAAUCGUCGACUUUGGAAAUCUGGGACAUCAUCAAGGCCUGGCAUCAUCUUUGGGAAACUAGCCCGGGAACAUCCACCGGGAUAGAGUUCUUCACCGCGCUUCGCUACGGCUGGGUCUGGGAACGCAGAAACAUCGGUGUCUCGGCUCGCGAGUACGACCAGGAGUAUCGGGCCCUAGUAAAUCGCGAAGCUCAAGUCAAUGACGAUGACUUGGUUCGUGGGCAUCUCCUGCAAGAUAUGGUCCGGGAUGAGAAGAACUGCACCUUUUUCUGCACCCAGGACGGCCUGGCGGGAAUGGGACCAGUUGGAAUGGCCUCCGACGAUAUCGUAGCAGUUCUGCUCGGCUGCCCUCAUCCGAUUAUCCUGCGAGCAAUCAUAGACUCCGACAAGAGCACCGACGCAGCCUAUCAAGUCAUCGGGCCUGCCUAUGUCAGUGGUUUGAUGGAGUCUCAAGCCAUCCUAGGCCCACUGCCAUCUCCAUGGAAAAUCAGGGUUGAUCAUUCCACGGGGAAAGAAAGGUGGAUCUGGUACAACCCCGAGACCAAGGAACUCUCGCCUGAUUUGCGAUAUGGAGAUCUGCCAGCUGGCUGGACACAGGCCGGAGACGGAACCUUGAAAGAUGAGCAUGGCGAUGUGCAGACUGAGGACCCCAGGGAAUCCAUUGAUGCCUUGAAGGCGAGAGGGGUCCAGCUCGAGAAAUUCCGGCUGUAUUGAGCGUGCGACUCUGGCCGAUGGGCUUGGUUUAUGUCGGCACUGGAAAAUUCAAAUACAUCUCUUCAGGUGGCUUGGGAAUAUCAAACCUAAAAUCCGUUGAAGCAUCAGAUUGAGAUGGCGUCACGCGUAUGUAUCGUGCUUUGUGGCAAUCGAAGUGACAAGGAUACAUUCGCUCAACUUUCAAUAAGUGCGCCGUCUCUAAUUCUCGCCCGGUAGUCUUGAGAACCGGGAUGAAAAUGAAGGCUUGUGAAGCAUCCAACUCUGCAUGGAGACAUAUUCUGAAAAUUAUCUUAGAAGGCCUAUCAGUGAUAUAUCUUCAGUACUUGUUUAUUGUUGAGCCAAUGGCUCUGAUACGAAUCGACAUGGUUACGAGCAAGUGGGAAUAUGCAUCACUGCAUCACAACUGCCUUCGUCCCUGAGCCAUCCCUGAGCUCUCUUAAUUAGGAAUUAGACGCUAAAUAAAUCGAGAAAAUUUUAC